AUGGCCGGUGAGCCAAACGGAUUGCAUCGCGUCUAUCUGAAUAAGAAUAUAUUGGAAUGCGAUAAACCGAUCAUUGGUACUGUUAAUCCAGUCAUACAGGAGGAAUGUGUAGCCCCAUCGGUUACCUAUUCCUGUCCGAUAAACUGCGGCACUUACAAAACAUCUGAGACCCAACCCUCCAAAAUUCUGCCAACAGCCAGAAGCUACUAUAACCACUCGACCAAAUGUAAUACGCUAGGAUGCUCCACCCCAUGCACUUGUUUGCCUCAUUGUUCGCGAUUGGAGAGCUGUUUUGGAACUCCACCGCAAACUUUGCACACGCUACGUAGGGAUGAUGUGAAAAAGGAUGGGAUAACCCCAAGUCGUCCCCUUCGACUUGACGAGUCUGUUGAAUGCUCUUUCACUACAGAAACUCAAAGAAAUACCCGCAAAGCGUUUGAACGCAUAUCGUUCGCUAUACAGGAGAACCGAACUACCCCUAACAGGCUGUUAGGAAGUCUUGACAAGGUGACUUUUUCAAAGCCUAGUGCAGGAAGAGAUCCUAUUUGCCAAUUACCAUAUUAUUUGAAUAUAUUGCCUCACCCGCACGAAUUUAUGACGAAUACAAACAUUGGAUGCAUAGCGGAGAGUAACACACAACCCAGAAUAUUAAGUCAGUCCACCACGACGCUUCAGAAAUCUCGAGGGCUCUCUCCAAUCUUCGAUAUCCACACGGAGGAAGACGUACUAGAGUUUUUUGAUCUAACACGGUCAGAUACGGCGAAUGCCCUGAUGACACCUAAUGACAACUCACUCAGCGCCCUCGAGAGUACCACUAGUGGUAAAUUAUUUGGCAAGAAUACCCUUUCGGUGAUUAACACCGCAUUGGAUGUAUCCUUCAGACGUGAUGGGGCAAAACGUCGUCUAACCAAUUCACUCGUAGCAGUUUUACCAGCUCAGAAAAAAAAGCAUCACAUGGACAUGAUUAAUACGUCAAAUGUUGGUAGAAUAGAUAGAGAAAAAUAA